GCAGGUACCAUGAUAAAAAGAUCUCUAAAGCUGUACCCAGAUUGGUUUUAGAAAAUGCUAUGGUUUGCUCAUCUGAUAUUUGUUAUCAGAAUUCAUACAAAUUGUUUCCACUAAAAGAAAUGAAUAAUGCAACCCAACCUGCUUCUUCAACACUGAUGAAUAAUAAAUUCAGCAUCAAAAUCAUCAAAAUCAUCAAAAUGUCAGUUCUUUCAAUUCCUCAAACUCUUUCAGUUUUCAUCACAAACCAGCGUGUCGAACACUUGGUAUUCUGAAUGCGGUACGCCAGCACAUUUCCUGUUUCUUUAGCAGAGUGAACCAAAAAGAAAAAAAAGAAAAGAAAAGAAAACUAGAUGCCAGAGUGACAGGAAAGCUGCUUUCCUGAGUGCAGGGCAGUUAAAUGACUCAGCUCAGCAAGACAACCUCCACAUGUGAGACUCAAUGGAAAAUGUUGCUUGUUCAGGUCUUAACACUCAUAUAUCUGAUCUCUGUCUGUGCAGCUCAAGAAGUAACUGCAAUCCCAACUUCAGAUGAAACCACUUAUGUGCCACCAACUACCUACGAUCCUCCUGUGCCUUCUGUGACUUCAGUGCUUUCGGAUGUCUACAUAAAUGAGAAAGUGGUCUUAAAAUGUAGUAUCAGUAGCAGCUCUGGCUGGACCUUCACCUGGGAGAAAAAUGGACAGCGGCUGUCUCAAAAUGCAGAUUUUUCUUUUCAAGAUCAGAAUUCGGAGCUUACAAUAACUGCAAAUAGAAAAGAUCUUUCUGGAAGUUACACCUGCAGAGGAGAGAAGCAGGGAAAAGGUAGCAAAACUAGUGAAGCAACUGACGUCAAAGUUAGUGAGCCACCUGUACCCCUUCUGAUCCGGCAGACUGCCUGGACAGAUGUGUUUGUAGGUGAAGCAGUGAGUUUUAAAUGUGAACCGAACCUCCCUGCUGAAUGGAAAAUCAUCUGGCACAAAAACAAUCAGCCUCUGGAUAAAGAGGGGCCGUCGCUCCACAUUGAGUCAGUUACUGAAAACGACAAAGGAACGUAUGUUUGCCAAGCCAAGCUGAAAUCCAGACUUUUCAGCUCUGGAUUCAGCAACACAACAGAUCUAAAUGUUAAAUCCAACAAUCCAAAGCUCACUCUGAGCAGAAGCCCAGACUUUGACAGAUUCUAUCCUGAAGAAUCAAUCAGCUUCACAUGUACUGUUGAUGUCACCUCUGAAUGGAAAUAUCAGUGGUAUAAGGACGGGGAAAAAGUUGCAGACUCCAGCAGUAACACCCAUACAAUAGCCUCUUUGAAGCCUUCCGACAAGGGACAGUACCACUGCAAAGUCCAGAGAGGCAAAGGCCCAUUAUACGAGAGUAACGCAGAAUCAGUGGAAGUUGCUGACAACAAGCCCAAACCUGUUCUAGGCAGAAGUCCAACCUUCCCUACAAUGUACCCUGGAGAAUCGAUCAGCUUCACAUGUACUGUUGAUAUGCAGUCUGGAUGGAAAUAUCAGUGGUAUAAGGACGGGGGGAAAGUCGCAGACUCCAGCAGUAACACCCAUAAAAUAGCCUCUCUGAAGCCUUCCGACAAGGGACAGUACCACUGCAAAGUCCAGAGAGGCAAAGGCCCAUUAUACGAGAGUAACACAGAAUCAGUGGAAGUUGCUGACAACAAGCCCAAACCUGAUCUUACCAGAAGUCCAACCUUCCCUACAAUGUACCCUGGAGAAUCGAUCAACUUCACAUGUACUGUUGAUAUGCAGUCUGGAUGGGAAUAUGAGUGGUAUCAUAGAGAUGUCAAAAAUCCAUCACUCAGCAGUAAAACAAUUACAAUAGGUUCUGUGACCCAUGGUGACAAAGGAGACUACCGAUGCCUUGCUAAGAGAGACCAGCUGAAAACAGAUCAGAGUGACCCUGUUUCCCUGGAAGUCUCUGACCCACCAACGCCAAUCCUGAAGCUGCUGAGCCCCUGGUCAGACGUUUUUGAGAAUGAGGUCUUGAAGUUUAGCUGUGACGUGAGCAGUUCUGAGUGGACCUUCACGUGGCACAAAAAUCAGAACCUAAUUGCCGAUGAAAAAGGGUCGGUGCUCAACAACGCAGCUGCCAAAGUGAGCGACGGAGGGCAGUACUCCUGCAAAGCUCACCAUAAGGACAGAAGAGGAGUCAGCUCUGCAUUCAGCAACACAUCUACUGUGUCCGUUUAUGACAAGUUACCAACACCCACAUUAAGCAGAGAUCCGAUGUUUACCCCCAUGUUUAUUGGAGAAACUGUGAAAUUAAAAUGCGCAGUAGAUGUUUCUUCUGGCUGGAGUUAUCAUUGGUACAAAGAUGGAAGCAAUCUGAACAAACCUGGCAAAGAGUUAAGCAUAGAGCUGAAACUUUCUGAUAAAGGAGGAUAUUCUUGCGAAGCCAAAAGAGGUGAAAAAACAUCAACAGGACGUAGUAAGGAAACACAACUGGAUGUUCGAGAAAUUCCUGUUCCAUUACUGAGUCACAAAACACAGUGGCUGGAUGUGUUCCCCGCCGAGAGCGUGCAGCUGAGCUGUCGGAUGGAGGGGAGUUCCGGCUGGACGUUCAUAUGGUACAAAGAUUUAAAGGAAUAUCGUGAAGGAAAUGUCAUCGACAGUGAAGCGGAAAGCAUUCUUUCCAUCAGUCAAGCUUCACACUCACACCGUGGAAAAUACCUCUGCUCAGGAAGACUGAAGGGCAGGUCUGUCAGCAGCACCAGGAGCUCUCCACUUGAGCUUCAAGUCUACGACAAGUUGCCAACACCCACAUUAAGCAGAGAUCCGAUGUUUACCCCCAUGUUUAUUGGAGAAACUGUGAAAUUAAAAUGCACAGUAGAUGUUUCUUCUGGCUGGAGUUAUCAUUGGUACAAAGAUGGAAGCAAUCUGAACAAACCUGGCAAAGAGUUAAGCUUAGACCUGAAACUUUCUGAUAAAGGAGGAUAUUCUUGCGAAGCCAAAAGAGGUGAUAAAACAUCAACAGGACAUAGUAAGGAAACACAACUGGAUGUUCGAGAUGGGAAACCAACAGUCACACUGCUGCAGGAUCCCUCAGAUAAGUUGAUGCACACCAGUGAUUUGAUUUCCUUCACCUGUCAUGUCAAUGUCUCCUCUGGAUGGAAAUACAUAUGGUACAAAGAUAACAAACAAUUCAAGUCAUCUGGAAACAGUCACCAAAUUGCUUCUGCUAAGACGUCAGACAGUGGAUCAUAUAGAUGCCAAGUUGAAAGGAAAACAACAAAAACAUUUUCCUCAGACAGUCGGGAUGUAGAACUGACCAUUAAAGAGCGCCCAAAGGCCAAUAUAGUCCUCUUAACUACUUGGUCUGAGGUAUUUUCCACUGACAGCUUAAAGCUAGAAUGUGACGUGAUGGGCAGUUCAGACUCGUGGAACUAUACAUGGUAUAAAGAGGACAUUAAUGUCAGUCGGUCGCUCUCAUCGACAUAUAAGGUCACGCCACAUGAUGACCCAGAGCAGAGCUCAUACACUUGUGAGGGCAUUCGCACCGAGAGACCAAUGUAUUCUCAACGCAGUGACUCCUACAGAACCAAGAACCUCCUUUUAAAGAGGAGGAUCCUUCUUUCCAUCUCUGGCUGUCUUUUCUUUGGCAUCAUAGCUGUUUUCAUCGGAUGUGUUGCCCUAAGAAUCUUUCGUAAACCAGUUGUUGCAGAUGACAAGCAAGAGGAGACCAGUCUGUUUCUCACCAUGGCCCAGUUAAAGGACCGGAAUGAUGCACCAUGUCCUCUGGUGGAGUACAUCACUGAUGCAGAUGUGAAUCCACCUGUCAAAGAAGGGGAGGAGAAUGGCACAAGCUGCAGUGAAGCAACAUCUCUCCCAAUAACAACGCCGGAUGAACAAGCUGCGACAGCCAACGGGAAAGAGGCAACAGAGAAUGGUGGCGGGAUGGUUUCUUUUCUGCAGUGAAUUACUAGAGACGACCCUAAAUUGUUGUUCUCUGGUAGUUAUGCAUAUUUGAGAGACAACUGCACAGCAUGUGGCUUGUCAAGCUCAGCUUAACAAAACGUCUCUUGUCAUGACUUUCGAGCUAACAAACUAGUGAUUUAUCUAUAUGACAUGAAAAGGUGUAAAUAAGAUGAUCAGGCAAAUGGAUUUAUUUAAUGGUCAGCACUUUCAGAUUUGGCAAAUGAAACUGUAGAUUUCUUUUUUAUUUUACAUAAAUAACCUAGUAAAAAAAAUGUAGAGUUGUUAGAGAUUUUUAGUGCAUCGUUGUUUCUUUCAGUUCAUGCUUCAGUUCUCUAAACAAACACCAGAUGUCAGUGUAACUUCUUCCAGUUUUGUUUUUAAUAUUUGUAACCGUUCAUGACUGAAUGUAUUUUUGCAUUGCUUUGCUCUUUUAAAAGCGACUCGUUGCAUCGUGUUUGAUAUAUUUAUCUACAAAUCGUGUACCUUCAUGUAUUCAUUUUUAAAAAUAAGAAGUAGAAAACGUUGCCACAAGUGCUCAUUCUGUGAAAAAUGUAUCCGCAGCGUCAAAUGUGACAGCAAAAAAAUGAAAUAAAAACAAACAAAAACGAA